GGCGGCUCCGGGGAUAGCGGCCUGAGCGGGCCGCUCCUCCCUUUGAAGCGGUUUUGCACCUCUUUACGCCCGCGGCGUCGGCGCUCACGCAGGGGCGGGUCACAGCGGCGCGGAGCGGGUCGGGCGGGAAGGGACGUCGUGGCGGCGGUGGCGGCAGGUCCAGCGGUGGCGGCGCGGCCGGCAGGAGCGGGGUGCUGGCGGUCAGGCCGUGGGAGACAUGGGAGAGCCGGGGCCGGAGAUCGUAGAGUCUGUCCCUCCAGCGGGGCCUGAGGCGUCGCAGUCGACGACGGAGGAAAACGAAGAUGACAUUCAGUUUGUUAGUGAAGGACCAUUGAGACCUGUUCUUGAAUACAUUGAUCUGGUCAGCAGUGAUGAUGAAGAGCCUAGCACCUCUCAUAGUGAUAGAAUGCCUGAGUCUAAGGUGCCAUCCUCUGAGAAUCAUCGCCCAGAAAUGUGCUCUAGCUGCAGUGUUCCUCUUCUCAUUGGAGACAGCAGCUCCUUCUCUGGGAGUUGCACCAGCAGUCCACAAAGGAUAGUUUCUCAGUCUUCUCCUGUUGAGAACCCAGUGGAGAACCAGAAAAAUGAUCAAAAUAAUUCAGAUUUUAAGAUCUCUGAGACAGAGACACUUAAACCAUCACAGAAUUAUCAUACUCUGUCUUCAUCUCCACUUCUGGUCCCCCAGGAAUCUCUUGCCUCUUCAGAGGUCAAGGGGAAUUUACCUAUAGAGUCUUCUUCAGCUUCACAGCAUGGACAGGAUGCCAUCCUCUAUCUCCAGACACAAGUGGCUGAGAUGUCCCGAGUGAUACGUGAUCUGCAGUCCAGAAGCUGUUUUAGAUUUCAUCAUUCUAGGCCAAGUGAGAACUCCUCAGUUCCUUGGGACAUCUCCACCUCCAGGGAAGAAAAUUUAUCCACAGUUGACGAAGAAGCUGACUGCAAAUCUCCCUCAACUGAUGGCAAAGGGCAGCCAACUGACCCCAGUCAAUCUAGUUUUACAGGUCUUUUGAAGAGAAUGGAACAAAGAGGUGUUAUAAAGAGAGUAACAUUACAAUCUGAAGCAGAAUCUUGUGAAGGGAAGCCUGAUUAUGUGACCUCUAAGAAACGUUUGGUUCCUCCAUUGCAUCCUCUUCUCAGAAUUGCCACCACUGAGGUUUUUAAAGACCCUGCUGAUUGCCAUCCUUCUUCCUUCAUGGGACACAGGGUAUAUCCUGUGGCCAGGGAUACCUCUCCUUUCCAGCCAAAUCCGCCAGCUGAGGGCCCCAUUGUAGAAGCGUUAGAGCACAGCAAAAGAGGAAGCACAACAUCCCUUCUAGAUUCUACCUCAAAAGAAAUGGAGGUCAUGGGUUGUAGAUUCUACCAUGCUGCUUCUAUUGCAGCCCGAGCUGCUAGCUACAUGGCCUAUAUGACUCAAUAUCAGCGUAAACUCUGGGAAGACAUGGAGGAUCUGGUCCAUGACCCAGAGUUUGAUCGUGGAAAAGCAAGAUGUAUAAUAUCUGACGGUAUGGAUGCGGGCCUUUGGCAGCUUUGUACUACUAGGGACAUAAUGGACUCUGUAGUCAGAGUUAUGGCCAUGGCAAUAGACUACAGAAGGCAAGCCUGGCUCCGACUUACAUCUCUCAGUAAGAAAACCCAGGAGAAGAUCUCACACUUGCCCUUUGAUGGUACUUCCCUCUUUGGACAAGAUGUGAAUGCUGUUGUUGCAGAAGAAAACAGUAUAAGGGAAAGUGACUAUAAAGACCACAACAAAUACUAUAACCAACAUCGAUACUUUUAUAGUCAUGAUCAGAAAGCACAUUAUCACAAUAGAGGAUACACUAAAGGAGAUUGGUACAAACCCCGAAACCACCCGUAUAGAUAUAGAAAAAAGGGAGAAUCUCCAGAACGCCAUGGGUACAAGAAUUAAUAACCUGUUCAUGUUCAGCAGCAUAGUUAUCCAAGAUCCUGUUUUACUUGCUCCUCCUCCCUCAAACAGGAUCUACAGGUAGAAAGUCACCUCGAAAACUGAAUGUAUGUCUGGAAUUAUCACAGCUGACAUUUGAAUUCUAGACUUUUGGAAUGAAGUAUAUAAUAAAGGACUCAUGCUUUAUUGGCUAAAUGAACAGUAGAGACUGUAAUCUAAGUAGGGGUGGACAAAGAUUUACCCAUUAUUUCUGGUCCAAAAUAAGUUCAGAGGAAGGUACUCAGGAAUCUGAAUCCUCUUGCGAUUAAAGAAAAAUAUAAAGAUUUGUCCCUCAGGAAAAUAAUACUGGUAAACUGAGGGCUAGCAGAUUUUGGAUCUGGAAAUAACCUACUACUAAAUCUCUGUUUACUAACACCAGAGGCAAAUCCUUCGUUUUUAGGUUAUCAGUGCUUCUUUGUUCAGGCUUCAGCUUGUCGGAUCUUCACAAAAUGAUAAAUCUGUUAUAAUCUGUUUAUGUCGGGAUGAUCACCUCAUCAAGAGUCAAUGCCACUCUCAAGCUCUGUGAGACUUCAAAAUCAACCGUGAAGCUGUAUGUCGAGAACUGGAAUUCAAAUCAAAUUUUGCCAAAUCCAGUUUGCCUUCAGUGAGGUAGCUGGAUGUCACAGGUCUACUGUGGACACCAGCUGGAAGACUUUCCUACCUAUAAUAUCGCUGUAGAAAUUUUCACAGUGACUAUCUUCGUUAAGACUGGUGGCUACUGUAUCAUCACUGCUCAAAGCUGCAUUUGAGAGAAUUCUUUGUUGUCAUCACUCCUAAAUGUUUGACCUGUCAAGCUGUCAUGUAUCAACAAGCUGUGAGACCCAGUCAUGGUGUUCUCGCAGGAUAAUCUGGGCCUUUCACCAAGGUGACCUUCUGAACAGUUAACUUUUUUGAGCUUGAUAAUUCAUCAUACUCUAAAGACAAAAAAGAUAUGCACAUUAGUGCCCUGGAAAUAAAGGAUGUUACGCUGUCCAGGCAUGCAAAUCUGAACUCUCAAAAGAGCAAGAAUUCCAAACAUGCCUGACAAUCUGGUCCUCUUACUGUAAUAAAGAGAGAUGCCAUCAAUCUAGAUGUUAUUGAGAAAUCCUUAAGAUUUAGAGUAUAACUGUGGAUGUAGUAAAGAGAAUAUCUCACACAGUUCUGUUUCUGGAUAACUAUUAAAAUGAUGAUAUCCAUUAUUGAUUUCUUGAAAGUUUCAAAUCAAGACUUCAGUGACAUGUUCUUGGUUUAUUGGUCCCUUAAUCUAGUCAGACUCUUUCCAAGAGAGAACUACUUAUCUUUUUGCUCCCUAUUUUGGUUCCAUUAAUAGUUCUCUUCCAUUCUAGAACUGGCAGCAGAUACCUCAAUUAUAAUGUCUUACAGUAUCUUUGUAAUCUCAAGGCAGUGGCCGUGUGGUAUACCAGCCCUUAGAUCCUUGCCUUUGCAGCAUGACUUCAGAAAUGGAGAAAAUGUGAAGUUAGAGGGGUCUCAAUACGUCACCUAGUAUUAUUUGCUUGGUGGCCAAAAAAAAUUUUUUUAAUUACGGACUUACAAUUUUGUAACUUCUUGGUUUGUCAGACAUCUGCAUUUUCUCAUCUGCUUGAUCAGAGUAUUUUAAGUCUACUGUUACUAGAAUUAACACUGUUUUAGGGUUCAUGUGGUUUCUCUUUGUUGCCAUAGUUCCUGCACAGUGGUAAUGGACAUUUUCCCUGGAGCCCCACUUUUUAAUAGUUUAUUGGAAGCUCAUUCCCCCUCCGCAUCAUGACCAUGUUCAGCACCCUUUUUAUCUACUUUUCUUCCUCUCCCUAUUAGUGCUAUGGAGGUUGAAGAUGCAAAUUUCCGCACUUGGAAGAAGUUAUUUUAUUUUGUUAGGUAAUUUCAGGGUACUGUAUUGGUCCUGUUUGUAGAUUGAGCCUAAACUACAGUCUUGAUAGAGAAGAUCAUCUUUCACAUUUGGUCAAGUCAUAUCUAGAGUUAACAUUUACCUUUAUUUUUCUAUAUUUUCUGCAAAGUUUUAUUUCUGCUUUUUUAGGUCCAUGCCAGUGCUCUCGAAACUGUCUUUCAAAUUGAACUCUGAGAGCAUUGAUUACCUGAAAGGAAACAAGGUGCUCAGAAACCAUACAAAGGUUCUUAUAGUUCAUGGCAUACUUGAAUGAUGAUGGUGUUAUAAAACUAAAAAUGGGGGCUUGGUCUAGAGAGACAACCUUAAUAGCAUAUGGAACUGAUAAUUAGUCAAAUAAUGUUUUCGUAUUGUGCCUGCUGUGUGCAGAGCCUGCAACAAAGUUCUCCAUUAAGCCAACCUCAUGUUUAAAUACCUAUAAGUUUAUUUGGAGGCCUUGGAAUAAUUGCAAGUUUAAUGAUUCGGUAUUCUCAAAAAGGGAUGCAUCUAAUGAUCCUUUUUCUUCAAAAUGUUAUUUCUUAACUAGACAAAAUGUAUGUGGAGACAACAUGAUUUCUUGUAGUUAAUGUGUACAGAGAAAUACUGUUUUCAUUAAUUGUUAUAUGAAGUGCCUUUUUAAAUUUCACCUAAUUGUUUAAAACUUAACAUUUUGAUGUCUUGCAUAUGUUGCUGGUGAUAUUUAUGUGAAUUCUGUACAGUGAUUUUAAUCUUCUAGUUUAUUCACCAUCUGUACAAUUGCACUAUCUACUCUCCUUCUGAACGUUAAUUUGUUUUCUUUAUAGCACUCUUGAUCCAUUUCAGAAGAUUGUAGAGUAUGCCCCUCCCCCGUUAUUUAAAUAACUUCACAGUAGUUCUUUUUACUUACUAGUGAUUAGCUCAGUUUUCUGGGCAUUAAGGCAGCUUUGUUUUCUAUCUGUAGGUUCUGGGUUUUCUGAUUGAGUCAUUUGUCUCAUAUCUAACCUUGUUCUUGACCAUGGUAACACACCUUAUAUUUGAUGAGUGGAUGUGUUUACUUGGUAAGAAGAAACAAGGAUAUUAGGAGAAAGCAGUAAAUUUGCUGACACUUUAUAUAUAUAUAUAUAUAUUUUAGACUGUGUGAUAGCUUAUCAGUGUAAUUGCAUUUAAACUUUUUUUUUUUUUUUUUUUACUGUGUGGCAGCUUCUUUAUCAGUAUAAUUCCAUUUAUUUACUUAGCCCUCAAAAUGGUAUUUUGAGGGGAGCAUAAACUCUUUCAGGCUACUUGGAUUCAAUUUAGUAUAUUAUAUUAGUACUAUGCUAAUAAUUUACUGAAUGAUACCUAAGUGACCUGAUUGAUAAUGUCCUUAAGGGCCCAGUAUACCCAGGAUAACCUCUCAGGUACUAUAAACAAGGAGGUUGGAAUAGACAUAGUCCAGAAUCCCUUCUAGUAUAAAAUUGGGUAGAGUUAAAUGACAUGGAUGAACAGAGUUAAAUGCCACAUUCAGUAUUCUUGAGGAUCUAAUUAAUUGACUGGGAUUCUGAUGAAGGUUAGAAAUUACGGUUGAGAUCUUUGUAGAAAUACUUUAAAGAUUGCAAUAACUGAAAACCUUUUUUUUUUUUUAAAUGUGAGGCAUAUUUUUUGCCCCAGACUUGCACUGUUUAGGUUCCCUUUUGAAAUUUACUGUUCUUAAUGUUAGCGGCUAGUCCAAUAAUUGAUUUUCAUAUCUGUAUGCAUCGUAUGCAUGUCAUUCAGUUAGCCAGAUCCAUUUUAUAUGGUUUUUCCUUAGUGGAUACACAAACCACUCAGUUUUUCACUUUUCACUUAAGAAUAUUUACAAGUGGAAGUUAUCAGUAAACUGAUGAUGAUCACUAUUGAGUGCAAAUCUUUUAGUUAUUUUUCCAGAUAUAACGAGUUUUGUAAGCCAUUAAAAUAGUCUUUUGUGGAAUUUCCCUUGCUGGAUGAAUGAUGAGAAUAUUGUUUAUUAAAUCUUUUUUUCUCUUAUUGAUUAGUGGGAUGAUAUUUUUGUACUACUUUGUCUUUUUGUUUGCUUGACUUUAUAGUUUGAAAACUUGUAUAGUAGUGUUUGGUACCAUUGAGAUAUCUUAUUACUUGGAAAUUAUGUUUGCUUCCAGUGGGAUAUAUCUGGAAGUGGUCACAGUCCAACCAUGUCCUUUUGAUGUUAGCAUAUCAGUUAUUUUAUUCUUUGUAUUGAUCUUUUCUUCCCCUUUAUAUAUCACCUCUUUGUAGAAGGACGUCUGAUCUUCCCUUAAUCUCUUUGAUGUAGAUUAUAUUUUUUAUUCUACCAGUAUAUACUGCCCAGGAUUUUGAUGUGGCUUUGUAUUUGUAUAUUUAAAUACAAUGCCUUCAGCGUUAUUGUAAGAGAUUUUCUAGUUUUCUCUUAUAAAUGUUCUCUUUAAAAAAAAGAAGUAGCCAGUCCAGUCUCUCAAACUGUUACCUGGCUAUUGAACUUUCUUCAAUUUUUAAUGCCUUCUUGUUUAGAGGUAGUAGUAUUUUCUCGUUUCUACGUAUUCUUCACACAAAUGUAUUAUUACGUGCAGUUUAUGGUGAGUUGCAUCUAUUCUCUCUCAGAAAAAUUUAAGCCCAUCACCGUGAAUUUAUAGUACAGCUCUAACAUAUACCGUAUCUUAAAAGUUAACCAGUUUUCUCUAAGUCUUAAGGCCUUCACUGGGUUUGUUGAGGUAACUUUAUAUUUCAAAUGGUCUUUUGGAUUUUCUGAUACCUUGUCAGAAUUCAAGAGUUCUCAAGUUGUCUGUACUUUCUUU